AUGGCUAAACCCACGAACCCCAAGGUUGAAACCAAGGCAUCAACGUCCAAAGCCGGCCAGAGCGGCAGCCCAAGCAAAACGCCAGAUAUUCUGUGGAAGGAGGCCGUCCAGAGGUUCCUCGACGAGAAUCAUAUCAAGAUUGAAACGUUGGAACUAAAUGGCGAUUUCGGAGAUGCCGAUGACGGGGUCGAAAAGGCCUCAAAAAUGUUCCAGAGAGCACGACAUCCGAAGAACAAAACUGACAAGGUCGUCAAAGCUGUGGGCGGAUGCUUGGACUUUAUAGAUGGGACUGUUGACUUUCUCAAGGAUUCUGUGCCAGACGGCUAUGGCACACCUGCAAAGAUCAUUGCCGGUACGAUUUCCUAUAUGAUUCAGGCGGCCAAAAAUAUGACAGAGGACUUUGACCUCAUCGAAGAAACCUUCGACAGUAUUCACCAAGCCAUCAAGGAUAUCGGCCUACUGAAAGACCGCCACACUCAGCAAGAUCAUUUCACGAGUCGCCUCAUGGAUAUCUUCCUCAAAUUGUUUGAAUUUUGCCAAUAUAGCACCAAAAUGUUCAAAGAAUAUAGCCGCAAAAGGCUGUACAUCACAGCGCUCAUGAAGGGAAGAAAUAAGAAUAUCCAGAACAAGUGUGAUGAAGUCAAUAAAGCCAUCUUGCUCUUUCGAGCCACAGUGCCACUUAAAAUCCUUGAGGUCACCAUUGACAUGAAUAAAAAGAUUGACGACCUACCCAGUAGCUUAGUCAUUGCGCUGCAACGAAUGAACCUCAAGGCAUCGGAGAUGCAGCAAAUUUUUGGUCCAAAGAAAUCCAUCACGGUGGAAAGGAUCAUGAAGACCUUCAAGGACAGCGGCCUUGAUGUCGACGCGAAGCGUUUCAUGGAAAAGCAAAUGAAUUUGAUCAAUACCCACAUCGCCCCAGACACUUUCUUAUGGUUGAGGGACGAACCGUCCUAUAAAUCGUGGCUCUGCGGUCAGGCCUCGCCCUUCAUUUACAUCUCAGGUUCCUCAGGUGCUGGGAAGACUUAUCUGACCUGCAGGUACUACAGUCUGAUCCAAGCAAACACCAAGUCUAACCAGAUAACCGCCGAGCUAGAGGGGAGCCGGCAAAGCACAUCAGUGGCAUGUUUCCUCUUUGAGUCAGGGAAAGAGGACUCACAGUCCUUCCAGGCCGUCCUCGCUACUCUAAUCCUGCAAAUUGCUGAGCAGGACCCUAAGCUCUGUGAGUCCAUGGGUCGAGAGUUGGAGAAGAUGCCAACAGGCGGCGACGAUGAUCUGAGCAUCGAAUAUCUUUGGAAAACUUUGAUCCUGAAGAAAUUUGAGAAAGCCUCAGAAACAUCCAGGAUUUGCUAUAUCCUCCUUGACGGUGUCGAGCAGAUGAAACCGAAUCACUGUCAGAACAUGUUGAAGCGUUUCCAGGCCCUCGAUAGCGACAGGCACUGCAUUCGCAUCAUGAUGACGGGACCUCCCAUCAUGCACGAGAAAUUGGGUCUGAAAUCAUUGCUCAAGAUCGAUUUGGACGAGAAAACCAAGUCAGCAGGAGACAUCUCAAAGAUCAUCGACCAUCGCAUCAAAAAUUCCAAGAACCUCAAAAAUUGCUCGGCCGCCGCCCAGGAAAAGAUAAAAGCAAAACUCUACUCCUGGAAAGAAAGUGCCAUGUCCUCCGUUGACCUUAUGCUCAGUGUCAUGGAAGAUAGCGGGGGCGACGAGGCCGCCGCAAUGACCAAGUUAGAAGGCGCAGACAGCCCCGAAUGGCUUUACAGGACAAUGAUUGAGAUCGUCAAGGCCGAAACCAAGAGGAGUGGCGACGACCAGAAGAGCCUCGAAAAGUUGUUUGCGUGGUGUACCUACGCAAAGCAGCCUUUGCGUGUCGAUCAACUAGAACAUCUCUGGGCUCUUGACACUUCGUCAGACAAAUUCGAUGGCCCUGCCAUGGCCACAGCGAACCAAUUAGUUCGACGGCUAAUCCCUGGUUAUAGUUUGCUCUAUACUAAGAAGACGGCGGACAAUCGACCGACGGUAUAUGGCGACACAGAUACCAUGCCCAUGGCUAAUGUAGAGCAUGAGUACGUCUUCUUCCGACAGGCUGCAUUCAAAGAGUAUCUGGAAACGAACAAGAACAAGAUGAUCGAAGAUCCAAUUCAAGAAAGAGUGAAUAUUUUUCUCACUCUUUGUGAGAUCCUCUGCGGUCAGAAUGCCGUUGGAGAUUCUCCUAGACAAUCGUUUCGCGAGUACGCAACGGUCAGUCUGAUGGAGCAUUUCAGGGAUAUAGACAUCCGACAAACCUCACCAAAGCAGAGCGCGGACGUUGUUGAAGCUUUGUCGCGGGUAUUGUCCAAUGACAACAACGUCUGUGCCGUUUUCGAAGCAGUUCUGGAUCGCCAGGGGAGAGAUUACGUGGAAUUUGACCUCUACGAUACUUUUCGUCCUGACACGAUGUUCCGGAGGUGGGAAAGGGCCAGUACCUUACUUGUCUGGGCAAAGAAGCUGCACUUUUACGAGGAGGAGGAGCUGUCAUUUCGCGCGAGAGAGUGGGUUGAGGCAAGCAUCAAGGCGCCACAGAAGAUGUUGGAGACUCUCGGCCGGGGUCACCUCGAGAACUGGGCGCAAGCGGUGACUGAGCAAGAUGCAGUUGUCCCUUAUACGCUUGCCUAUCGCGCCCUGUCAACGACAGGGAUAUUUGCGGAUGUUGUGGCCGAGACAAUGUCCAAAAUGACCACCGCGAUGCUGGAAUAUGGGCGAGAGCACUGUUUUAAAGACUCAGUGAAACUAGCCCGGGCCAGGAUCUCAGCAGCCUUGCUGUUGAAUACCGAUUCGAAUACUCCCGUGGACCGGGACAUAGCUGCCAAACUCUACGAAACCAAUAUAAAACUGAAGGAUACACCAGGCCCGGAGAAGUUCUAUUCUUCACUAGGUCUAGCCGAGUACCACGCCAACUCAGGGAACGAUGAUGAUCCUCCCGAUCUCGUUCGGAAGAAGUGGGAAAUGGUGCAAAAGCACACAGGCUAUACACUCCAGCACUGGACCGACGAGAAGGGAGCACUCGGCUCUGAAUUGAACAAUGAGCGCUGUACUGAGGCGUACUUGCUUGAGGCCCAAGCAUGGAGCAAAUUAGACAAGGACGACAAGGCCCUUGAGACCUGCAAACACGCUUUGCAACCAGGCGCACUGCAGUUCAGUUCCAAAAUCCUUGAAUUUCUAACAAUGAUUGUCGAGAUAUUUUUCAAGCGGAAACAAUAUGCCAGGGUCAUUGACGAAGUUCAGCAACAGUCGCAUCAAAUCAAAUGCGAAUGGAUGCUGUCUCGGUCAGAGUACUUGACCGACAAGGACGAUCGUCUGCGACAAGCCGCGGUGUUGUCCCGACGAGUAGACGUCCUCAUUCAAUUAUGGGAAGAAGCAAUCGAUUACUGGCAGCCCCUUUCACCAUUCGCGGCUGGGAGGCUUCGGGUUGGACUAGCUAUAGUGUACAGACACGACGCUCGCACGACGAAGAUGGCAGAAGCAGUUCUUGACAGCAUGAUUGUAGCCAUCAUGGCAGAUCCUAAUAUGUUGAAAGGGGGUCUUAUUCAGUCCAUCUUCCCGGCGAUGGUGGACAUCCUCUACGAAAACUUCAGCCUCACUUAUUCCGAUGAAACCAAGAAAAGGGUCCUGGCGAAGCUGGAGAAUCUGAUCAACGAGUUCGCGCCCACCGUGCCGAGAGGCACUCUCGAGCAGAUGCAUCUGGCUAGGGCGAUGAUCACCCUGGCAAAAAUGCAGAGAAAAUCGGGGGGGCCAGAAGCCGCCAAAGAGGCAGCGGUCUGGGCCGAGCGCGCCUUCCAAUAUUGUAUCGCCGAUCUCGAGGACUCGGUCGGAUCCAACGAUUGCAACGCGUUUCGUUCGCUUGCCAAAGUUUUGGUGUUUGCAGGCCUCAAAACAGAAGCCGUGAUUGCCCUGUCGCUGUGGUUUUCGGAGGUGAGAGAGUAUGACGACUCACAACCACGCCUUCUCCGUGCCGUCGAUGAGCCUGCAGCAGAAAAUAUCAUUUUGAUAGAAGAGGAAGAUGUCGCUGCAGAAGAAGCCCAACACGAUGGUCUAGCUGGAAUAAACCCGUCGCAGCAGACUCAGGCAGAAAAUGAACGAAAUGGCGAAGAUAAUGCGACAAAAAAUCCGUCCGUGGUCGACCAUGAGGCUUCGCCUCAAGAAAAUCAAUCAAACGGACAUUUAAGCGUGGGCGGUCUCGUCAUCUCGGACGAUCCUGCGAACGGCGGAUGCCACGCUCCUGAGCAAUUGGAGAUACAGACUCGAGAUGCACCAUGGAGCCCCCUACAAGCCAGCGACUAUCCUAUCCACCACAGCGAUACUCCGGUAGAGGAUGGCAUGUUGCCGGAAGUGCCUGGCGAUGCAAGAUCUCAGCCUCAUACUCCCAAUGGAGUGGUGUCCGAAGGACUAGACGAACACGGACUUCCCAACUUGCGUGGAGUUCCCGAGCCUGAGGAUCAGGACAAAGAGGACCUCAUCGAGGGGGAAAUUUCGUGCAAUGGCCCCUGCGAGCAUCCCUCCCUGACCAGGUGGCUCCCGGGUGUCAAAUUCUACUACUGCCUCGACUGCGAAGAAGUCGACCUCUGCGCCGACUGCUACGCCGCCCAGGAGAAGUACUUCACGGAGCACGGCGACGGGUUCUGGAUGAAGUGCUGCUGGGCGCGGCACGAGUUCCUGGAGGUCCCGAUCGAGGGCUGGAAGGGCGUCAAGGACGGAGAGAUAUGGAUCAACGACAAGAAGAAGUCGUGGGUCGAUUGGUUGGCAUCGGUCAAGGAGAAGUGGAAUAGGCAGAUGGUGACCGCUGCGAAGUAG